AUGGUGUUGUCAUUUAGUCAGACACAAAAUAGUGAAGAAGUGAUGCCAGUGGUGAUGAUACUAACUGUUGAUGUAUUUGAUUCUGUAAUUGACAAACUCAAUAAUGAAGUAGGACGAGCACCUAGUGACCUUGAUGGUAACGAUGAGAAAAUGGUUGAUUUUCUGGAUAAGGAUAUAACUAAAAUUCCUGAGGUCACAGACAUGUUAACUUCAAAGCAAGACAAUUCUGAAAAUAUAAGAUCAGCAUCUUAUGUCUUAUCAAAGCAACCGCAAGUUAAUGCAUCUAAAUUAGCAUAUCAAAUUUUAGAACAGGACUCGAGCUCAUCAGAUACUAUGCAAAAUAUAGCUUGCAUGUUUAGGAAAGUCAUUAAGGUUGAUCAAGAAGCAAUUUUAUACUGGUGCUAUUUUAUAGAGAAAUAUGACAAAAUGAUUGAUAACUUUGUUGCUGAUGGAGUUAAGAAAAAAACUGCAACAUCUAUGGUAUAUCAAGAAGUCAAAUAG